AUGAUGAUAGAGGCCGAAAAGGAUUUGGGUAUCUGGGUCUCCUCAAACUUAACCUUCCCCCGUAAUACUCGCAGGGAGAACACGCCAGCCAAGUUAUCUACUCAGGACGCACGAAAGACGUCACCCUCAUUGAGCGUACCCAGCGAGGCGCCACGAGAAGUUUUGCUGGCCUCAAAUUCAUGGACUACGAAACGCAUCUCCCGAUGCUCGAUCUCAUUCCCCUGGAGCACCUGCCCUCCAAGUGGAUGUAGACGCUGCCAAGCAGUGGUCGUUGGACUGGCACCUUCCUCUGAAUGA